AUGUUUAUGAAAUCUUUGCAAAGAGCUGCAGUUAGAUCUAACACUGCCAUCAGAUUCAACAGUACUGUUGCCAAAACUGCCCCAAGAUCUUUAUCCAAUGCCUACAUUGGUAACUUGGAAGCCAGAUGGAGCAAAUUACCAGAAAAAGAUCAACAAAACUUAAUAGAAGAAUUGAAAACUAGAAUGGAAUUACCAUGGCAAGAAUUGACUCCAGCUGAAAAGAAAGCUGCUUAUUAUAUUUCUUUUGGUGAAUGGGGUCCAAGAACUCCAUUGUAUCUUCCAGGUGAAAGAGCUAAAGUUUUCUGGUUAACUUUUGGUACCGUUAUUGCUUCUAUUGUUUUAUUCGUUGGUAUUAGACAAUUAGCUGGUCCAAAACCACACACCAUGACUAGAGAAUGGCAAGAACAAUCCGAUGAAUACUUGAAAUCUAAGAAUGCUAAUCCAUUCACUGGUUACUCUCAAGUUCAAUAA